UAAAUUUGGACUUGUUCUGUUAACUGGUAAAGGUGUUAAAUAAUAAGCUUCAAUGGCACUUUGGGUAGACAAAUACCGACCCCGUGAACUAUCCAAACUGGAUUAUCAUAAGGACCAGGCUGAAAAUCUACGCAAUCUAUGCAAACAAAGUGAUUUUCCACAUCUCAUGUUUUACGGCCCAUCCGGAGCUGGCAAGAAGACCCGGAUAAUGUGUCUGUUGCGUGAAAUGUAUGGGGCCGGAGUGGAGAGACUACGCAACGAAACAAUGAACUUCACAACGCCUUCAAAUCGAAAGAUUGAUAUAAUGACAGUGGGAAGCAACUACCACCUGGAGGUGAAUCCCUCAGAUGCUGGCAUGUACGAUCGGACUGUUGUCAUAGACUUAAUCAAGCAAGUGGCACAAACGCAUCAAAUAGACGUCAACGGCCAACGCGAGUUUAAAGUAAUUGUUAUCUCUGAGGGAGACGAACUCACCAAAGACGCUCAGCAUGCGCUGCGUCGCACUAUGGAAAAAUACGUCGCCACAUGCCGCAUUAUACUCUCCGUCAAUUCUACGUCUCGCAUCAUUCCAGCCAUCCGCUCGCGUUGCCUGGGCAUCCGAGUGCCAGCACCAAGCGAGGCGGAAAUGAUAGCCGUCCUACAAAACACAUGCAAGCGCGAGGGCCUCGUAUUGCCGCCAGAGUUGGCCAAGCGCGUGGUCGAGAAGUCCGAAAGGAAUAUGCGAAGAGCUCUACUAAUGUUGGAGGCCUCCAAAGUGCAGCAAUACCCCUUCACAGCGCAGCAGCAAAUCGCCGAGCUGGACUGGCAAGUGUAUCUGCGCGAGACAGCAGCCCAAAUUGUGAGCGAACAAACGCCAGCCAAACUGGAAAAGAUUAGGGAUCGUUUAUACGAACUGCUUUCACAAGGCGUGCCACCGAAUCUCAUCUUUCGUGGACUCGUUGAGCAGCUGGUUAACAACUGUGAUAUGUCCAUCAAGGCCAAGACAUUGGAGUACGCAACACAAUACGAGCAUCGCAUGCAGAAUGGAGCAAAGCAUAUUUUCCAUUUGGAGGCAUUCGUGGCGCAAUUUAUGAACAUCUACAAAAAGUUUCUAGCCGAACUGGCGAUGACUGAUGAUUUUUAACAUAAUUAUAAUAAUAUAUAUAUAAUCUUUCAAUGAAACCCACA